UCUCAAACCUUCCAUGGUAAAGAGAGAGAUAGAGACAGUCUCUCCUAAGUUGUUGUUGUUAGUGGUGUCAAAAUUUGCUUCCAUUUGCAAAUCACUGUUUUGUUUCUUUGCUCAAUCAAUUCGUCGAAAUUUCUGAGGCUUUUUAAAGCCUCUCUCUAUAUAUAUUUUCUCUUCAAGCCUCUCUUUAAUCAGUUCUUCCAGAGUAGAUAGAAUGGCCAGCAAAGUUGUUCCUGCUCAACCCGUGACUCCUUUCGAGUUUGAGCUUUAUGAAGAUCCUGAUCACCUUAGAACUGUGGUGGCCUCGUCAAGCCAGCCAACUCCUAGGAUUGAUCCUGCGAAAUUGAAACUUAGACAUAGAAUUGGGAGGGGACCUUUUGGUGAUGUUUGGUUGGCUACUCAUCAUCAAUCAACUGAAGAUUAUGAUGAGUGUCAUGAAGUGGCUGUCAAGAUGUUGCAUCCCAUUAAGGAGGAACAUAUGAGGGUUGUGCUGGAUAAGUUUGAUAAUUUGUUUUCAAAGUGUCAGGGCAUAGAAAAUGUGUGUUUUCUACAUGGGAUUUCAGUUAUAAAUGGAAAGAUAUGCAUCGUGAUGAAGUUUUAUGAGGGAUCCGUUGGGGACAAAAUGGCUCGCCUUAAAGGAGGGAAGCUCUCAUUACCUGAUGUUUUGAGGUAUGGGAUAGUGUUGGCUCAGGGAAUUGCACAGUUGCAUGCUAAAGAAAUCCUAGUUUUUAACCUUAAACCUUGUAGCUUCCUUCUUAAUGAGAAUGAUCAAGCAGUUCUGGGCGAUGUUGGUAUUCCUUUCCUGCUAUUUGGAAUUCCAUUGCCAAGUGCAGAUAUGUCUCGGAGGCUUGGAACCCCAAACUACAUGGCUCCAGAACAAUGGCAGCCAGAAAUAAGAGGUCCAGUAUCCUUUGAGACAGAUUCAUGGGGAUUUGGGUGCAGCGUUGUGGAGAUGUUGACUGGUGUUCAGCCUUGGCGUGGGAAGUCAGUUGAAGAAAUUUACGAGUCAGUGGUUAGGAAACAAGAGAAACCACGUAUCCCUGAGGGCCUCCCUCCUCCAGUUGAAAAUGUUCUUCUUGGCUGCUUUGAAUAUGACUUGAGGAGUCGGCCCUUGAUGACAGACAUAGUGCGUGUAUUUAAAAGCUCGCAGAACGCAGUUUUUGUAGAUGGAGGCUGGACAGGGUUUGGCAGCAGAACUACACUGGAGAAAUUUAGUGGCACUGGUUACACAGAGUGGUUUCUGUCAAAGGAUCAUCUGCAAGUGGGAGACAUGGUGCGUUCCAGGAGGCCACCUAACUCUUGCAAACCUGAAAAUAUGGAUGUCCCGGAAGGAACCGUAGUGGGUUUAGAACGUGACCCAGAUCGAGAUGGUUUUGUUUUGGUGAGAGUUCACGGCAUCCAUGACCCAUUAAGACUUCCUGUCUCAACCUUGGAACGAGUCACUUUUGGUCUUGCAGCUGGGGAUUGGGUACAUCUGAAGGAGGAAGACAGAAGGCACUCACCAGUGGGCAUUCUUCAUUCCAUAAAACGUGAUGGAAGUGUGGCUGUUGGAUUUAUAGGUGUGGAAACUCUCUGGAAAGGAAAUUCUUCAGAGCUGCAAAUGGCUGAACCUUACUUUGUCGGUCAGUUUGUGAGGCCGAGAGCUAAUGUUCUUAGCCCCCGAUUUGAAUGGCCUCGUAAAACAGGAGGGGCCUGGGCUACUGGGAGGAUUUGGUGGAUCCUGCCCAAUGGGUGCCUCAUUGUAAAGUUUCCUGGAAGAUUGACAAUCGGACAAGAAAAUAGCAGUUUCUUGGCUGAUCCAGCUGAAGUGGAAGUAGUUUCUUUUAAUUCCUGUCCUGGGGUCGUCAAAAAAUAUCAACACUUUGAGGAUUUUCAUUGGGCUGUGAGACCUCUUGUGAUAGCAUUGGGUAUAUUUACAGCCAUGAAGGUUGGAUUUUUUGUCGGGAAGAAAAUAGGGAGAUCAAACAAGCGACAGGGUAGUGCAGUGCAAAGUAAUGCCCAACAUGUGGAUGACCAGACUAGCGGCAAUGGUAGCAACCAAUGGUUUCCGCCAUCCGUGAAAAAUAUCCUUGGUGUUAGCCCUGCUGCACGGUAGCUGAGCUUUUUCAAGUUCACAAAAACCUGUACAUAAUUCAUUUUAACUAUCUGCAUCAUGUUUAGAACCUUUUUAGCGUCUUUCUUCCAAGUCGUGGUAGGAACUGGCACUACUGCUGGUGAUUAUUUACUUUCGAUGAAGUCAAGCUUGCUCUUGAUAUAUGUAACGCAAAGAUGCACGUAUGCUUGUGCAGUUUCCGAAAGCCAGCACUAUUUCGACAGUGUUUCUUGUUU